AUGUGGCCUGGUGUUCAGCUGUUUAAGGAGGGAUAUGCAUCUAAAUAUUUUUCCUUGCCUGGUAAAAGAAGACGUUACAAAAGAGCUCAUCAAGUACGUGGUCCUCCUUCCUUAGAAGAACAACUCCCUGAUCAUGUGGGACAGCAGGAUGGUCCACAAGAAUAUACCUUAGUAAAGGAACGCAAAUCUCAUUCUACGCCUAAAAAAGGGAGGAAAAAACGGGGCGUUGGUCGCCGUAUGAUUAUUGAUAUCCAUUUAGAAGUCCUAGACGAAUGUCAAAAAGGGGAUGUGGCAUUAACGAAGGAGGAUUAUUUCACCAUUCUUGUUCAAGAAUUUAUGGGAAGCAAUUUUAUAAAAGAAGUUCAAUGUUUAGUUUCAGAUUCCGGGUUUAGGGAGGAAGACCUUGUUCCUAAGGAAGGUGUUCCUAAGGAAGAUAUUACUAUGGAACAGGUUCCGGGUUUGCGGUUCCAGGUUUAG